AUCCGUUAGCGUAUUAAAAUAGGGCGGAUGUUCCAAUUUUUUAUCGGCCUCUUGUUAUUGCCAUGACUUUGUUACAACUUAACGGCAGCAGUAAUGGUUGUUGUUUUAAAAUUAGAUUUAGUCACGUCUCCGCCUGUAUACAUAUAUAAUAUAUAGUGGAAUUGGCUUUUUGCCCAUUUUUUACUGCACGAUCAAAAAUCCCAAAACUCGUCAGUUAACAAACGGGAAGAACAUUGACAGCACGUCAAAAAGCCGCUAGCCAGCCGCUCACUGCAAACUACACGCAUACAAAAGGCUUCCUGCCCUGCCGACACGUCUCUUCACUCGACUUAUUCACAACCAUGACAGCCACUUUAGACCCAAGCGACACGGAGAAGAUGCGCUCUGUGUCUGUGGACCUGAGUAAUGAUGUAUCGCUGCUCAUUGAUAUUCCUGACGCACUCUGUGAGAGGGACAAAGUCAAGUUUACAGUCCACACAAAGACCACACUUACCACUUUCCGGGAGCCAGAGUUCUCUGUUCCUAGGCUGCAUGAAGAUUUCAUCUGGCUCCAUGACACUCUGGUUGAGACGGAAGACUAUGCUGGCCUAAUAAUUCCCCCAGCACCGCCAAAGCCUGACUUUGAAAGUCCAAAAGAGAAAAUGCACAAACUGGGAGAAGGUGAAGCCACUAUGACCAAGGAGGAGUACACUAAAAUGAAGCAGGAGUUGGAAGCUGAGUACCUGGCUGUGUUUAAGAAAACUGUCCAAGUGCAUGAAGUUUUCCUACAGAGGCUAUCUUCUCAUCCCAUUCUAAGCAAAGACAGAAACUUCCAGAUUUUCCUUGAGUAUGACCAGGAUCUCAGUGUCAGAAGAAAGAAUGCCAAGGAGAUGUUUGGGGGAUUCUUCAAAAACAUGGUGAAGUCAGCUGAUGAGGUCCUUAUCUCAGGAAUAAAGGAAGUAGAUGACUUUUUUGAGCAAGAGAAGACGUUUCUUCUUGACUACUACAGCAAAAUUAAAGAUUCCACUGCCAAAGCAGAGAAGAUGACCCGCACCCACAAAAAUAUAGCGGAGGAUUACAUUCAGAUCUCGGCCACUCUGAACACGCUUUCUGCUGAAGACAGUACAGCAAAUAGGAAGCACAUGGAAAAGCUGUCAGAUCUCUUUGAGAAGCUCAGAAAAGUAGAGGGAAGAGUGGCAUCUGAUCAGGAACUCAAGCUUACCGAGCUGCUUAGAUAUUACAUGAGAGAUAUUCAGGCAGCAAAGGAUCUUCUCUACCGUCGAGCCCGGGCAUUAGUCGACUAUGAGAACUCCAACAAGGCGCUGGACAAGGCUCGGCUGAAGAGUAAGGACAUUCUUCAGGCGGAGGAACACCAGAAGCAGUGUCUACAGAAGUUUGACAAGCUCUCAGAGUCUGGGAAGAAAGAGCUCACUAGUUUCAAGGGCAGGCGAGUUAUGGCAUUCAGAAAGAAUCUCAUAGAAAUGGCUGAACUGGAGAUUAAACAUGCCAAGAACAAUGUGACACUAUUGCAGGGGUGUAUUGAGAUGCUUAAGAGCAACUGACAUCAAAUGACGGUAUUCUUGUCCCAACUGCCAUGUGACCAGUUAUGGCCAAUGAAAUCCUGGCGUCUCUGGGGCCUCACACAGACAUGAAUUCAACCCGCAUCUUAGCUUCCACUUGCCUCUCUGGUGCCUCAUGACCUGUUAUGUUUUUUUAACACAUAAUUACUUACCCAAGCCAUGUCCUUUGAUCCGCAGUACAUGCUCUUCACACCCAACCCAAUAUUAUUACAGUCAUUGUUUGUCUUUUUUUUUUUUUCUUGUAACGUCUCAUUUUAAUACUGUUGUCACAAGUUGCUUCUCAGAGCACCAUUAAUACAUGAUUUAUCUCCCUUGAAAGUGGAGUGUGACAUCUUUGAGAUUGUGUCAUUUUCAUCAAAAUAGUUUUAAAUUGAGAUCUGCUAAUGCAUUCCCAGCAAUCUUAUACCAUGGUUUAGCGCACAACAUCAUAAACACAUUUACACAUGCAUUUUGAAAAUACAAUCCUUCACACAUUUUGUUUGCACAGCAGUCAUACUACCUCUUAAGAUACAGGUGUUAUAUCAUCUGCGACACCUCCCUACUGACUGCCCUUUUGUUCCCUCCAUUUACAAUUGAUACUUUUUUCCCUGACUUUGCGCUAUAUCUUCUUAAACCUUGACGGGGUCCCAUGUAGUAGUCCCAUUAUGUUUCCAAGGCAUCGGAACAGUUACAAAAAUGUACACGAGGACGACCAAAAGGUUUCACAAUCAUCACAAAGCACAUUGGUGUGUUAAUACAUUAUAGAUUUCGAAAAGAAUGUAUUUGUAAUUGAUUCCAGCAGUGUGGAUUCUUUUAUGCAAUGUUUUUCUAACUCAAUAUUAGCAUUUAUAAAUUUGUAACAAUAUUGAAUAAAUCCUAUACUUUC